UUCUAUUCUUCUUGUAGUUUACAACAUUACGACGUGCAACAUUUUUGUGAUUCUGGACUUUUAAAGGAUUUGGAGAGGGACCAACUGCAAGGCAACCUGACCAGGCUAGCGCCGAUUCAGAGACGGAAUAAUUCUGGUGAUGCUGUCAGACUGCAAUGCGCCGACAAAAUGGUGGAGAAAUCGAAACUUGAACAAUCUGAGACUCAAAGGCAACUUCGCCAUUCCCAUCAAACGUUGUUGCAUCAGUACACGGUCACUGCAUGUUUCGCAGAUUACAUUGAGGCACAUAAUCAUUUUCAGAGAGGAGGGCCAGCCUUGCGAGUCAUGGCGGCAUGGUGAGAUAUUCCUUGCAAGUGGAGGAAUCCCGCACAAACUUUAACCCUUUGCUACUGCUUCCACGAGGCGUCAAUUGUUCUUCUAUACGUUGGCCAGAAGCAGUGCAACCAGGAAUCGUUCCCAAACACGUCCUAAGAUGUUCAAAGUUGAAACCUGUGAUAUGGUUGAAUCCGAAAGGCAGGCUGGAGUGUUGGUCGAAAGUUUCACGCAAGCUGACGUAGA